UAUAGGGCCUAAUUUCAUUUCAUUCCUUCUAAAACCUGAACCGCUUGGAAGGGGAAGAAUCUUCUCGAAGCCACUCCCCCACCCUCUUAUAAUCAGAAGUUCUAGCACGCGAUAAGCCCUAGCUAACCCACUCAAAAACAACCAGUUCUCACAAGAAAACUCUUUACCAAGCAGGCGAACAAACUCUCGAGAAAUGGCUUCAGCUAAUGCCAUCUCAACUGCUUCAGUCCUUGCUUCACCUUCCAAUCAAGGAGGUUUAAGGAGCAGGAAGGCUGGCCAAUUCCAGGGGAGGAGGAAUUUCAAUCCCAAGCCCUCCAAGAGCGGGUUUGUUGUUAAGGCUAAUGCCAAGGAAAUAGCGUUUGACCAAAAAUCCAGGAGCGCUCUUCAAGCUGGUAUUGAUAAGCUUGCUGAUGCGGUCGGCCUCACUCUUGGACCCAGAGGGAGGAAUGUAGUGUUGGAUGAAUUUGGAACUCCUAAAGUUGUUAAUGAUGGGGUGACAAUUGCUCGUGCUAUUGAGCUUCCUGAUGCUAUGGAAAAUGCUGGUGCAGCACUCAUUAGGGAGGUGGCAAGCAAAACCAAUGAUUCUGCUGGUGAUGGGACAACAACUGCAUCUGUGCUUGCUCGUGAAAUGAUCAAGCUCGGUCUAUUGAGUGUUACUUCUGGUGCUAACCCUGUUUCCAUUAAGAAGGGCAUUGAGAAAACUGUACAUGGCUUGGUAGAAGCACUUGAAGUCAAAGCUAGGCCAGUUAAAGGUCGUGAGGAUAUUAAAGCAAUUGCUUCAAUCUCGGCUGGUAAUGAUGAGGUCAUUGGCACCAUGAUUGCGGAUGCAAUUGAUAAAGUUGGCCCUGAUGGUGUGUUAUCAAUUGAGUCAUCUUCCUCUUUUGAAACUACUGUCCAUGUAGAAGAGGGAAUGGAGAUAGAUAGAGGAUAUGUAUCCCCUCAAUUCGUCACCAAUUCUGAGAAGUUGAUUGUCGAGUUUGAAAAUGCCAGGGUUUUAGUUACGGAUCAAAAGAUAUCUGCAAUCAAAGACAUUAUUCCAUUGCUGGAAAAAACAACACAAUUAAGAGCUCCACUUCUCAUUAUUGCUGAAGAUGUUAGUGGGGAAGCCUUGGCAACUUUAGUUGUCAACAAGCUGAGAGGCAUUCUUAACGUCGCUGCUAUUAAAGCACCUGGGUUUGGAGAUAGAAGAAAGGCACUUCUGCAAGAUAUUGCCAUUGUAACAGGGGCCGAGUACCAAGCAAGUGAUAUGGGGCUGCUUGUAGAAAACACACAGGUUGAAGCACUUGGCAUUGCUCGAAAAGUGACCAUAACCAAGGACUCAACAACCAUCAUUGCUGAUGCCGCUUCAAAGGAUGAGAUACAGUCAAGGAUAGCUCAGCUAAAAAAUGAACUGCUUGAAACAGAUUCAGUAUAUGAUUCUGAGAAGCUCGCUGAGAGAAUUGCCAAACUCUCAGGCGGUGUUGCUGUAAUAAAAGUUGGUGCAGCAACAGAGACUGAGCUUGAGGACCGGAAGCUUCGUAUUGAGGAUGCUAAAAAUGCUACUUUUGCAGCUAUUGAGGAGGGUAUUGUUCCCGGUGGUGGUGCUGCCCUUGUUCACCUCUCAUCUCAUGUUCCUGCAAUUAAGGAGAAGUUUGAGGAUGCUGAGGAGAAAUUAGGUGCUGACAUUGUGCAAAAGGCACUCUUGGCACCAGCAUCUUUGAUAGCCCAAAAUGCUGGGAUUGAGGGCGAGGUGGUGGUGGAGAAGCUGAAGGACAGCGAGUGGGAAAUGGGAUACAAUGCAAUGACGGACAAGUAUGAGAACCUUGUGGAAGCAGGGGUCAUUGAUCCGGCCAAGGUCACCAGGUGUGCUCUGCAGAAUGCUGCUUCCGUGGCCGGGAUGGUGCUUACCACCCAAGCCAUUGUUGUGGAGAAGCGCACACCAAAGUCACCCUCAGUUGGAGCUCCUCAGGGGCUUACCGUCUAAUUAUGAAUAGAAUCAUUUAUAGCAGCCGAGCAUGUCUCAUGUUGUAGGAAUUUUUGUGCACUUUGUGAGGUUUACUUUACACACUCGUCAUUGUAAGGUUGUAAGCUGAAGUAGAAGGAAAAUCCUCUUGAGAGUUCAUGGAUUUCAUGUUUUAAGGCUUUCUAGACUGCAGAAAUGAUUGGUAAUAAAGUUGAGGCGUCUACUAUGAUGUUGCAAUAUCAUUUUUUGUUACUACUUUUGCUUCAAAGGUUAAUCCGUUUACUUCAUUUUUUUUAUCGUCAA